AGAAGAGCAGUAAAUAAUGACAUCCUGACAAGAGCCUGUUUGGAAGCCAGCAGACAAAGUGAGUCCAGAUGGCAUUACCAAAGGCAGUGCAGUUUGCUGUUAUUAUCCUGGUUGUUUGCUACAGUCUGGAGAAGCAGGGAUGCAGACAGUCUCUGACGGCCUUCUUUGAGGAACGGAUGGGUCUAAAAACAUCCAGUCACCACAUAGGAAAGAGAGCAGUGACAUCGACACCUGAAGCCACAACAAACACAACCCAACCAGCUGUGAUGUCAACGACACCUGCAGCCACAACAAACACAACCCAACGUCCGACAACUCCAACUGGUGUACCUCCAUGUCCAACUCCAACAACAACAAUAAGACCAGACUCAACAACCAUAGCAAGCACAACAACACCAGAAAUUAUAAGUACUGCUACAACAACUACACUAAUCACAACAACUACAACAACUACACUAACAACAACUACAACUCCAGCAGCUAAAGCAGCCACAACCAAAACAACCACAGCAACAACAACGGCAACAGUCAUCUCUCGAAGUGCACAAUUUACCAUGGACAUGAAUUACCAAGAUUCAUACAACAACCCAACUAAUGAAGUUUACAAAGAUGUGCGUGAUGCUAUUGAAACAACAUGUAAGAACAGCAUCUCCAGUUGUUCAGUAAGCACACUUCCCUUCAAGAGUGGAAGCACCAUCGCUGUGUAUACUAUCAGUGCUCCUUCUCUUAGUGACCCAGACAUGACCCAAGUAAAAAAUGGGGUAUUUAGUAAGCUGGCACUUAAGUACCCAAUGGUGAUUGAUAGUGACACAACUUUGGUGUUUCAGCCACAAACAAUAUUUAUUGGGUAUAUUGUGAAUGUGAAAUGCGGCCCCCCACCACUGGACAUCAUGAUUGAGAGCAACUGGAGUGCAGUGUGGACUGUUAAUGGCACAGCCAUUAAUCCAGACGCACAACACAGCUUUACCAAAACUUCGGAUGGAGCAUCGCAAUUAGUUGUGUCAAAACUUUCUGAAAAAGAUAAUGGGAAUUAUACAUGUAGACUGAUGGGGAGAAAUGGUCCAAUCUUCCGACAGAAAGGAUCCUACACAGCCAAUUACAAAAAUGAUGUCCAAGACUCCAUCCUACAAUUGGUCCAGAACCUGCUGGAUCAGUCUGAGAACCUGACUGAACAAACGCUUCCAGUAUUCUUGGCGCAGCUCAGUAAUGUUUCUGUGAACAACAGUAAUGAAAUAACUGGAUCUCCUGCCACCAUUAAAGCCAUUGUUAAUAUACUUGCAAAUGUAGCCAAUACAUCUUUAUCAUUGUCUAUCUCAAUAAAUAGAGAUGUAAUGAAGGAUGUCCUGAUAACUGCAGAUGUCCUCACCAGUAAUGAUGCAAUCGAUUCAUGGAGAACUUUGAACAAAAAUGAUACUAAAAACAUCACGUCAUCAAGAAGCAACAACACUGAUGCAAAAAGUUCCAGCUCAUCAUUUUUACAGUCUCUUGAGAUUAUAACAUCGCAUCUUACCAAUGACUCUUUCAACAUCGUCACACCUCUUAUUCUCUUGAACAAAACCACAUUCAUAGAUACUUUUAGCAGUGACUUUAAUUCCUCGGUGGCGGUAGACAUACCAGAGUCUGAUGGAGGAACCAAGACAAUCACUGUGAUAACAUUUGCCUCCAUGAACAACGUCCUUCCUCCAAGAGAUGAAGCCAAUUUAUCAGUUAAUGUUAUCAAUGGAAAGGUUGCACUUAUCCAGUCCAGUGGUACAAAAAACAUUUCUAUAACAUUUGAUACUCUAAAUGACACUCUGGGGAAUCCGCAGUGUGUUUUUUGGAACUUCAGCCUCUACGAUGGCCUGGGAGGAUGGGACACUGAGGGCUGCUUCUUGGUGUUCGAUGAAAAUGAAACUGUCAGCUGUAACUGCAACCAUCUCACCUCGUUCUCUAUCCUAAUGUCACCCAACAUCCAUAAAAACCUCUUCUUGGACUACAUAACCUACAUUGGAGUUGGCAUAUCCAUGGGUUUCUUGGUGAUAUGUGUCAUCAUAGAAGGUGUCAUAUGGAAAAAAAUAAGAAGGAACACUACGUCUUACUUGCGCCACGUUUCCAUUGUGAACAUCGCCGUUUCUCUCCUGAUUGCAGACAUUUGGUUUAUCAUGGGAACGGCUAUUUCUGAAAAGAACAACACAUCAGUAUGUUCUGCAGCAGUUUUUUUUGUGCACUUUUUCUACCUUGCUCUGUUCUUCUGGAUGCUAGCCUCAGCUCUGCUGUUGCUCUACCGCACCAUCAGUGUCUUUGAUGGAGGCUUAUCUAAGAUGUCAAUGCUGGCUAUUGGAUUUUCUCUGGGAUAUGGUGCACCUCUCAUCAUUGCAGUCAUAACAGUAGCUGUAACUGCACCUAAUGAUACAUAUAUCCGAGAAAAUGCAAUCUGCUGGCUUAACUGGGACGAGUCCAAAGCUCUGCUGGCAUUUGUGAUCCCUGCACUGUUGAUAGUGGUGAUAAACCUCAUAAUCCUGUUUGUGGUAAUAUACAAGAUGUUAAGGAGGAGGGUGUCCACGACUGCUUCGCAAGCAGGUGAGAAGCAUGUUCUGCUGGCAAUUGUCAGAAGUUUGGCUGUGCUCACCCCAAUUUUUGGACUAACUUGGGGUCUGGGAGUUGGAAUCAUGGUCAACCCAAAUAAUAUCGGAAUCCAUAUUGCAUUUGCAUUUUUCAAUUCACUGCAGGGUUUCUUCAUUUUGGUGUUUGGAACACUGUUGGACAAAAAGGUGCGAUCUGAAAUAGCAGCAAUGUCACAAUCUUCCCAGAGCGGGACGAGGUUCCACAGGUCAACAAAGGUCAACCUUCCAAACCUGGACUCGGGAGUACUUUGUUUAAGUUAUAUACAAAAUCUGAGAAAUUUCUGAACUUUAAUCUUCUGCAAUAAAUCUGCCUUUUUAGUUAACGAACUGAAUGUUUUAUGAUUCCCAGGUGGUACUCACCCGGGACGUUCUCCACUGAUA